GCGAGGAGUCCCAGUUCCAUGAGAGCAUCGGGUACCUGAGGCAGCUCGGGGCCCUCGACGAGACCAAGCCGGGCGCUCCGCAGGUGCUCAUCUCGAACUAUGUCAGCAGCCCCGCGAAUUGCCUGACGACUGGCGACCACUAUUCGGGAUGCCUGGCGGCAACUCUCAAUGAACUCUGGCUGCACGGG